AUGUCGACUCUCUGGCACCCGCGCUUCUCCCACCGCAGCGCCAGCCCCAGCAUCUCGCAGGGCGGCGGUUUCUCCUCGCUCUUCCAGUUGCUCGACGACUUUGACCGGUACACCGGGCAGAACCUCCUCAGCCCGCAGGCGAGCGGUGGCCGCACCACCGGGGCGGGAGCGGUAGCCGCCUUCUCUCCCCGGUUCGACGUGACCGAGCACGAGAAGGACUACGUCCUGCAGGGCGAGCUGCCCGGCGUCACCCCGGACCAAGUCGACGUCGAGUUCACUGAUGACCAGACGCUGGUGGUGCGCGGCCGGCUGGAGCGCGAGCAUACCGAGGGCGAUCCCAGUUUUGCUCCGGCCGGCGAGAAGACGGGCGGUAACGGCACCGGCGCAGCCGUCACCAAGGGUUCUGAGAGCAGUGUGCAGGCCCAGAGCCAGGGCACGAGGAGGGCCGGGCCGCGGUACUGGGUCAGUGAGCGGUCCUACGGCGAGUUCUCCCGGGUUUUCACCUUCCCAAGCGCGGUGGACCAGGAUAAGGUGCACGCGGCGUUCAAAGAUGGCAUCCUCAACAUUACGGUGCCCAAGACGGAGAAGAAGUCGGGAAAGAAGAUUACGAUUCAGUGA